AUGCGGAAGCUUGAGAUCCUUGAUCUCCAUCAAACUCCCCUGACAAAGAUGGUGGAGGCUUCCUUCAAUAAUAUGCAAUGCCUCCGAUGCCUCGACAUCUCAGGCGCCUGCAACCUCAGCCGGCUCUCACUCAAGGGUUGCCGCUCUCUAGUGACACUUGUCAUGCCCGAUAAACUUUCAAAACUUGAGGCACUUGAUCUUUCAGGCACGAAAUUGGAAGAGCUCCCGCAUGAAAUUUUCAAUCUGACUAGCAUGCGGUGCCUGGACCUGUUGGGAAUGGAGCAUCUCAAGACGGUUGAUUGGAGAAAGAUAGUACGGCUUCCAGAAAAUUUGAAUUGGGAUCGAUGUGGCUUGAACUUGCUGCAUGAGCAGCUCCAAGACAGCAGCAGUCGUCACAUCUCGGUCGGUGAUGCCAGUGUUUUUUCAUCUUUGGACCGUAGCUCGAAACUGUGGAAAUCCUGCUUUCUAGAAUUCCACUUCUUGAUAUGUCCCUGCAAGCGAGGGCGCAAGGAUAGAUAUGGUCAUUUUAAAAGAAACCAAUUUCUCUACCAGCAUAUUUAUACUCGAUUUGAGCAGUCUUUGAGUUAUGAAAGAAAACUGGAGGUUUGCGGUGGUAAGAAUUCCCUAGACGGUGUUAGAGGGGUUCUCUCAGUGACAGAAUUCUUUCAUUUGUAUGGCAAUGCGUUCAUUAAGGCACUGUCCGAUCUCAGCAUGAAGAUGGACAACCUUAAAGAAUGCUGGAUUGAGAAAUGCCAUCAAUUAGAGUAUUUGAUUGUCGGCAGAUUGACAGAUGCAGUGAUCUGUUUAGAAAAUCUAAGGGUGUCCGAUCUUGCCAAACUAAGAACAUUACUGGAGAAGGUCUUUGAAGAAGACAACAUGGUGGGGCAAAAUGCAUUUCCACAGCUAGUCAAUUUACGACUUUGGGAGCUACGCAAAGUGAAAAGCAUUUGCAGUGGGCACUUGCCAAUGCUAAAGAAGUUGAAGAUUCGAGGAUUCCCAAUGCUAGAGAAGCUUCCUCUCCAUAACACAAAUGCUUCUGCAGCAGAAGUCAAGAUUGAAGGUGAGUUGAAAUGGUGGGAAAGCGUAAAAUGGGAAGGCAGGUUCAAGCCAAGCUACAUCCGUUUCAAAGAAUGUUGUCUAUCAAGUAAGUGA